AUGCUGGUGUUGUCGGUUGCGCGGAGCAGCACGGAGCGCGGGCGGUCCGUGGGCGCGGCGGUGUGUCGGGGUGGGUGUGCGGUGCGCGUGGGUGUGGGCGUGGGCGGCGUGCGGUGCGGUUGGAGUUGUGUGCGGCGCCGUGCGGUGGGGGGGGGGGUCGCGCCGGGGGAUGGGGUUGGUGCCCCGUGCGGCGAGGCCCGUGUCGAGCUUGCGCAUGCACAUGUUGGAGAUGGUGUGGUAGAGGUGGAAGUAGGGGAUCGUCAUGAGGACGAGGCAGAACGGGACGUCGUUGAGGCGGUGCGCGGGGAACGUGUACGCGGCGCCGAGGAUGUUGUAGAAGUAGUGCGUCCAGAAGUAGUUCCCGACGAAGGAGAAGAUCGUGAUGAAGACGUUCGCCUUGACCCACCACUGCGUCAGGAGCGGCUUCGCGCGCUCGGACUUGUCGCGGGGCGCCAGGAAGAGCGGGGCGACGAAGCACGGCAGAGCGAGGCCGCCGCACACGAACAUGUAGCCCCACUCAUCGAGGUACUCGUACAGACCGCCCCUGCGGCAGCGGAGCGGGGGGGAGCCGCGGGGGGCGCGGUUUGGUAA